GCCAACAUAGUGUCUCUGCAGGCUACCCCCGCGACGUCGCCAUAUUGUUUACAGCUAUAAAGAACUAUCAUAAUCCCAGGGGGUGCAGGGAACGUGAACAUAAAGACGAAGGCGCGCCCGAUUUCAUUUGUAGGUAUCGAGUUUGUUUAUACGUGUUUGGCACAAACGCCAGCCUGUUUUCCCAUUUUGGCCGCAAGAAAAAACCGCGCACAAUCCCGUCUGAAACAUCGCUUCAGGACCCGAAACCGCACCUCUUUAAGCUGUCCUCCAACAUCUAAAUCGCCAUCAAAGUCAGUCUAAAGCAAAACUUUUAAAACCCUGAUUUGCGACAUUUCGAAUCGUGACGGCUGUGACUGUAAUGAGACUCGCGAAGCUCUGUGCAUGGUGAUACACCCCAGGAUCGUCAUGGCGCACAGGUACUUGCUGAACAGGCACAGUCCUCUGACGUGUAUAAGCCCGCCUGACCGCCAAUUCAAACCACAGAUUCCGCGCCUCUCUCGGUUCGACAGCCUCACGGUUCUUUUGGCUCUACAUCGCUCACAUCGCCAUGUACUUCAAGUUUCUCCUCCCUCUUGUCUUAGCUCUCGCUGCUACGACUGCUGUCUCAUUGCCGUCCCCCCAGGGACGUAAUGAGGCCCGCAUUGCCCGUCGUGUCGGCGGUGCGCCCAGGUCGCUCCUUAAGAUGGGCGACGAGCAGAACAGCACAGUCUUUGCUGGCGCCGUCAUCAAUGAGCCUCCAGGCACGUUCAUGAGUGUCUCGGCCUCGUUCAAAGUUCCGGCGCCUUAUGUGCCCGAGGGCGCAGACCCGAGUGGCAACUACUCCGCAGCCAUCGUGAUCGGCAUUGACGGCGACACCUGCCUGAAUGCUUUCCUCCAGGCUGGUGUCGAGAUCUCCAUCGAUGACGGUCAACAGUCCAUCACUGCCUUGGCCGAGUUUGUCCCUGCCGGCCCCGUCGCUUUCUCGGGCAUCUGCGUCACAGCGGGCGACGUCCUCACGGUAAACGUCACCGCGACGAACGCGACGUCGGGCACGGUGGUCAUCAUCAACCAGAGCACGGGCGAGUCCGGCUACAUGAUCCUCACCUCUGACGUUCCUCUGUGCCAGCAGGACGCAGGGUGGCUCGUAGCAGAUCUCGGGGUUUCCCUCCCCGACUUUGGCACGGUCAUCUUUACCGAUACGCUUGCCGAGACCCUCUCAGGCCCUGUCGACGCCUCUCACGCGAACAUUAGCGACAUCGUACAGAACAGCACUUUUAUUACCUCCGUCUCAAGCUUGCCCCCGAACGUCUCGGUCACCUUCAUAUAA